AUGACAGAAGUGAAAGGAACUCCCAUCAUUAAAGGUUCACGAACAAUGCAAAUAACUGGCUUAUAUAAAGGAAGGGCAAUUAUUAUAAAAGACUCUUACAGUGUUAUAAAUAAGAAGCUUAAACUAUUUCCUGCUAUGUUUAACUUACAAACAGGACCGAAAGAAGUAUUUCCAUAUAACUACUACAGCAGUACUUUGUUAGCAAAUGACAACAGAACUGGUGUCAUUUCUGAAGCAUGUAAGUUUAUCCGGGAUGCAGAUACAUUCAUGAAAAACAUAGAUUCCAUCAAAGGUUGCAGAAUAGAUGAGAACCACUUCGACUUAGAAAAAUAUAGCACGUUUUAUUGCAAACAAGAUGUAAGAAUUUUAAGAGAAGGUUUUGUUAAGUUCCGCAAUGACUUAUUGAAAGAAUUUGAUUUAAACGUUUAUGACUACGUUAGUAUUUGUUCAAUUGCUAACAAAUUAUUUGAGAACAGAGUAUACUUCCCGAAUGGAAAUCUUUAUGACCUCUCAAAUAAACCAAGAGAAUUUAUUUCGAGAUGUAUUCAAGGUGGAAGAUGUAUGCUGUCAGAUAACAUGAAACAAAAGAGUAAAGAGAAACUCAUUGCUGACUUCGACGCUGUUUCAUUAUAUCCAUCCGCUAUAGCAAGAUUGUAUACUUUAGAAGGAAUUCCAAAGGUUAUGAAGGAUGAGAUGCUAAGCACAGAGUAUCUCAUGAGACAUUUAUUCGAUGACGACCAAAAGGAACCCAUUGGUGAAAAGUUUAUGUCUGGCUUCUUUGUUCUCAUUAAGAUAACAGAGAUUGGAAUACAUAGACACUUUCCUUUAAUAGUUU